UUUGAGUUUUGGUGGACUGAUGACGACGAUGAUGACGAAGGUUCGUAUAUGUAGACUACAAUUAUGCGCCUGGAAAGACGGAAACUGAGAGACAAAUGUAAUCCUCUCGAGAUACCGCAUGAUACGUUUGUAAAUUGUUUUCGAGUCUCAAAAGAUCUUUUUAAAUAUCUACUGAAUAUAGUUGAGAGAAAAUCAGUGGUUGUUGGAUCUUCAUCGGUGCUGCCAAUAAUUAAACUAUCAGCAGCGUUGAUAUUCUUCGCUGAAGGCAGUUACCAAAGAGGCGUAGCAAAUGAUUUGUUCGCGGGAAUGGCGCAACUUACACUGUCGAAGGCUUUAGCAUCCAUAAUUUCCAUUUUGGAAACGGAAGUUUGUCCAACUUCCAUACAAUUUCCUCUGGAUGAAGCGUCAAAAAACGCGAUUAAAUAUGGCUUUUAUAAGAGAACAGGAUUCCCAGGAGUAAUUGGGUGCGUUGACGGUACCCAUAUUCGGAUUAUUUCGCCUUGUGCUAAUGUUCAGCAUUUAUAUUACAAUAGAAAAGGAUUUCACAGUUUGAACGUCAUGUUGAUCUGUGAUCAUAAACAAAGAAUUCGCUACGUAGAUGCCAACAACCCUGGUUCUAACCAUGAUUCCUUUAUUUGGAAUAAAAGUCCAUUAGAUAGUGUACUAAAUGAGAAGCACGAAAAUGGAGAAAGAAAUACGUGGCUUUUAGGAGAUGCUGGAUACCCUUUGAAGCCCUAUUUGAUUACACCGUUUCGCACUUCUAUCAGUGCACCAAAUUUUCAACACACCAAAUUCAAUGAAAUACAUUCAAAAACAAGGAUGAUUGUUGAGAGAACCAUCGGAGUCAUGAAAAAUGUAUUUCGAUGCACUUUAGGCGCUCGCCAACUGCACUACAAACCAGAGAAGGCAACACGGAUUGUGAACGUGUGUUGUGCUCUACACAAUCUUAGGCUGCAGUUCAAUGUACCGACAAAUGACGAAGACUGGUUGUCGAUAGAAAAUGAUGAAAUGAUUGAAACUGCACCAAAUGAUGAAAUCAACAUUUCAGCCAUCGACAUUCGACAACAAAUUUUGAGCUCCAUUACUUAA